AUGCAUUCCCUGGAGAGGAUACGAAGUGCCGGGAGCUCGUACACUCGCGACUCCCGGAGAGAUUCCUACAGCACCAGGACCAGGGAUUCAUUCGACAGCCAGAGUAGCAGACCAACGACAAUAGAAAACUCUCCGCAGCACUCAUAUGUCAGGAUGCCACCUAAACCGGUCAUCAAGGUUGUCACAGAACAACCGCAAAGCCGAGUUGGUCGUCGUCCCAGCUACUAUCAUGAUGACCUCUCGCCAGGUACAACCACAUGUGCUCGAUCAUCCGUCGAGACUUACGCCUCGACCAACUCGUCCCUGGAUGAUCUUUUGGAUGAUGAAGAGGAAGGCGGCUUUUCCAGCAGCAUCCCUCCUCUUCCCAUAUACUGUCCCGAGCUCGUGGAGGAAGAUGUGCAACCGGCCUCUCCCCAUGAGUUUUCCAAGCUCUUCCCUAGCAUGGACCGCCUUUCGAUUCGCCAUGACGACUUUACAUCUGAUGGCAACAUGAACCUGCGCGUUGACACAACCGUUCAGUCUAGCGGACGUCACCGUCGUCCCAGAACAGUCCAGCUAUUUCACCUCCGCAUGCAUGACUUAGCACGCCGGGACUUCUCUUUGCGCCGAUACUGCCGGGACUCUGGUCGCGAGGUCUGCAGUUCCAAGCGCAAGUAUUCUCCACCCUCAUCGCCAGCCAAAUCGCACAAGAGUCCGAUAUCACUCCCUCCAUCUCUCUGCUCCUCCCCCGUCACCCCCAGCGACAAAGCCAAGCCCACCUUUACCCGCUCUGUUACCAGUGCCAUCACCCGCCCUUUCUCAUCCGCCCGCCCUGAGUCCAGAUCUAAACGCACCCUGGAUCAGUCUAGCAUCGGUGGAAGCUUGCACUCGGUAUGCGAAAGCUACGACGACAAUGAAAGCAGCGAAUUUGACGCCACUUCACCCACGGCCGCCGCCGCCGCAACCAAUACCAUAAAGCUAGAUUUCAGCAACUACGCGCGUGUCGAAGUCGAGCGCAAGGGCAAAAGCGGUUCCAACUCGAAGCGCUACGAAUUUGAGUGGUGGGGUAACAGCUAUAGCUGGAGGCGUGCCACGGACAAGGACACGGGAAUAGUGUCUUUCCACCUGAUGCGCCACGGCCAAGGGGGCAGUAAGACGAGCAGCAACAAGGGACACGUCGAAGGCGCCAUCGCACAUAUAGUGCCCGAGGCCCGUUCCCCCGUUCAAAUUGCCGCUGACGAGGAGGCUGGUGGUUGGAUCCCGCCAUGUCACUUCUGGAUCAACGACUGGAAUGUCAUCAAUGCGAAAACGGAUGUCGCAGACAUCAUCAUUGCAACUGGUCUCAUGGCUCUGGUGGACGACUGCAUCAAACAACGCUGGCAGAUGCCCAAGAUACACCGUAUCCCCUUGCCGCUAACCUCGCGCACUUGGGAUCUCGAAUACGUGGGCCCAAAGGCCUUCCUGCAGCGAGCGUUUUCAUUCAGGACACAGAACUCGGCACCCAAGCCUGGAGAAGAGACCACCACGAGAGCUGUGGCUGUAUAUGAGGACGACUAUGACGACUACGACAACGAUCUUCGGCCAUACCAUGCAAAUUACCACCGGCAUCCUGUCGUCGUUUCCUGA